AGGACGAGGACGCCAUUGCGUUGCUAUGAGCUGUCGCUCCCCCUGCGGCGGCGGCGGCGGCAGCGGGCGGACCGGGCGCCGAUCCUGUGCCUGCCUUCCUCCUGACUCCUGCCUGUUUCCUGGCUCCUGCUGCCUGCCGCGCGGGCCGGGCCGUCCGUCCGGCGGCCUGGUGGUACUAGCGGGGCGGAGAGGAUGAGCACGGCGGGACCGGGCGGCAGCAGCAGCACAAGCAGCAGCCGCAGCAUCAGCGCAAGCAGCAGCAUCAGCAGCCGCUGCCGCGGCGGCGGGGCCGGUCACUGAGCGAGGAGCACCGCGGCGGACGCAGGGCAUGGAGCCCCAGCCCGGCGCCUCCCGCCCGGCCGCCGAGGAGGAGGAGGACGGCGGCGGCGGGUCCGGCGGGCAGCCGGAGGCGCUGUCGCUGGAGGAGAUCCUCCGGCUCUACAACCAGCCCAUCAACGAGGAGCAGGCGUGGGCCGUGUGUUACCAGUGCUGCGCCUCGCUGCGCGCCCGCGCCCGCCGCGGAGAGACCCCCGCCGCCAGGCUGGGGGCGGCGGCCGCGCACCUCCGCGUCUGGCGGGACGGCGCCGUCACCCUGGAGCAGGACGAGCCCGACCGGCCGCCCCCGCCCGCCGCAGAUAAAUCAGGCCGUUUACACUGCACAGAAAUGGAGGUUAUUGAAUCACUAGGGAUUAUUAUAUAUAAAGCCCUGGACUAUGGUUUGAAGGAAAAUGAGGAGAGGGAAUUAAGUCCUCCACUGGAGCAGCUUAUUGACUACAUGACUAAUGCCACAGAAACAGAUGGGAGUAGGGAUGAAGGAUAUGAUGCUCUGGAUGAAGGAGUGGAGGAUGACGAUGAUGACAAAGAGGAAGUUGAGGCCAUUCACUCCUAUAAAGAUGUCAUGAAGUUGUGUGCUGCCCACCUGCCAACCCCAUCGGAGGCGCCCAACCACUACCAAGCAGUGUGUCGGGCUCUGUUUGCUGAAACAAUGGAGCUCUACACUUUCCUGGCCAAAAUUAAAAGUGCAAAAGAGAACCUGAAGAAGAUUCAGGAAAUGGACAAAGAGGCAAGUGAUGAAUCCAGCACGGAUCUUGAUGAACUGAAAAAUGCUGACUGGGCCCGUUUUUGGGUGCAAGUGAUGAGAGAUUUACGGAAUGGUGUUAAACUUAAGAAAGUUCAAGAGCGUCAGUACAACCCACUGCCCAUAGAAUAUCAGCUCACACCCUAUGAGAUGCUGAUGGAUGAUAUCAGAUCCAAACGCUAUACCUUAAGGAAGGUCAUGGUCAACGGUGACAUCCCACCUCGAUUAAAAAAGAGUGCCCAUGAAAUAAUCCUGGAUUUCAUCCGAUCGCGACCUCCAUUAAAUCCUGCCUCGGCAAGGAAACUGAAACCAACCCCGCCACGGCCCCGGAGCCUCCAUGAGAGGAUCCUGGAGGAGAUCAAGGCAGAGAGGAAGUUACGUCCAGUCUCCCCUGAUGAGAUAAGGCGGAGCAGGCUGGAUGUACCGACACCAGAGGCUGGAAGAAAAUUAGUGGAUGCCUCUGUAGUGAAUGGCAGUCCGGCACCACAAGGAAAGCAGAACGGGGCCACACAAGUGACAGUGCAACGCAAGAGGCUCCUUAAGGCUCCCACACUGGCUGAACUUGACAGCUCAGAUUCAGAGGAGGAAUCAGUGCACCAAUCAGGAAGUAGCAGCAGCAUCUCCCCCUCACAAGUGGAAGACCUCUCUCAAGAAGGCACCAGCAGCAGAAAGAUGCCUCCAAAGUUCUUGCCCAUCUCGUCUACGCCGCAGCCUGAGAGACGGCAGCCACCUCAGAGACGACACUCCAUUGAAAAGGAAACACCAACCAAUGUGAGACAGUUCCUACCCCCUUCAAAACAGAGCUCCAGGUCACUUGAGGAAUUCUGUUACCCCGUGGAAUGUCUGGCUCUGACAGUGGAGGAGGUCAUGCACAUCCGUCAGGUGCUUGUGAAGGCGGAGCUGGAGAAGUACCAGCAAUAUAAAGAUGUCUACACUGCUCUUAAGAAAGGAAAGCUCUGCUUUUGCUGUCGAACAAGAAGGUUUUCUUUCUUUACCUGGUCUUACACUUGUCAGUUCUGCAAGAGGCCUGUAUGCUCACAGUGUUGCAAAAAAAUGCGGCUGCCAUCUAAGCCAUACUCCACCCUCCCCAUCUUCUCCCUGGGACCUUCAACCUUGCAAAGGGGAGAAAGCUUCAUGAGGCCAGAGAAACCCUCUACCAGUCACCACCAUUCCCUGCGGAGCAGGUUGACCUCAAGGUCCAAGUCUGUGGAUAAAUCACAUGAAGAGUUUCCCAAAGAAUUAAUGGAGGACUGGAGCACUAUGGAGGUUUGUGUGGACUGCAAGAAGUUCAUCUCAGAAAUCAUCAACUCAAGCCGGCGCAGCCUGUCUCUGGCCAACAAGCGAGCCAGGUUAAAAAGGAAAACACAGUCCUUCUACAUGUCCUCACCAGGAACCUCGGAGUACUGCCCCUCGGAAAGGACGAUCAACGAGAUCUGAGCCAUGUGCCUUCUGCUUUGCUUCAUCUCCAUGAGGUAUCAUCCAUCAGCAAGGUCAAGGUCACUGGAUCCAGAUUGUCACCCCGUUGCUUCGUUCCACUUGACUGGCUUGGGUUUGCAUUCAAUCACAGGAUUUCCUACUCCAGCAGCUCCCAGAGACACAGAGCGCUGUGUUUGGAUCUGUGCAGGGUGAUACACGACGGGUCAGCCGCUCGCACUGGGAGAAAAUCGAUCGUUUGAAAUUGUUGCCUCUUUUGUACGUGUGCAUUGAAAUGAGAAAGCCUUUUCUCGCUUUCAAUCUGUUUUUAACCGUGCUUUGAAGGAGAUGAGCUGUGAUCAGGUGUCUGAUGGAGAACCAGAUCUAGCACAGUGUCAGCGUUAGCACACUGGCAAACAGUAGGUCCUGCUGCAUUCCCACCCUCGGAAUGCUCACGCCCUUGUUGAGGCAGCCAAGGGCUGCAUCGCACAGCAGGCACCCAGCGUGAGCAGCUCCGGUCAAAUCCAUCUUCCUUUGACCCAUUUUGGUUGCUCUGAGAUCAGGGUUCAGCACAGGACUCUACAAUGUCAGUGUCCUGGGGCAAAGCAGGUGACAAAGCUCUUCGCCCGUGCGGUCGGUCAUACCCCUGAGCUGCUGUAUUUCUUAAGCCUUAGUGUCCUUCUGAGUGACUCCUGAGCAGGUUUUAGUAGUUUACUUUCUACCUUGAAUGUAAGAUAAUGACUACUAGUAGCAGUGAAUUUUAGUAGUAGACAAAGUUGUACAGUUUAUGGGGAGGAUGGGAAAUAAGGGAGGCUUCUAAUUUUAACUGAAUACCUGUAAAAUUGUUCUCAUGGUUACUCAGAGAAAGCAGUGAGUAAGGUGUAAAUUUGUAUUAUAAUGGAGCACACAGAUACUGCUAUAGUUCUGUCUGACAGCAUAUCCAUUAGUAACCCCAUUUUUUCUGGGGUUUGUAACUUGGCUGUAAAAAUUCCUGUUCUGCUGAAAUUUGGGACAGUGCUCCCUCAGAUUGGGAGCGAUCUCUUUUUUCUCUUUAAUCUUUUUUUCAUUCUUUCCCCCUUUUUAAUUCACUCACAAGGGAAUGCUAGACUAAUUAUGUAGAAGUUCCAACAAUUUUACAACGUUAACUAACAUCUCAUGCUUUUUUGCACUUUUUUUAAUAUUCAAAAUACUUUUUUUUUUUUAAAUUCAGUCAUACCCAGAGUUUAGUCAAUAAUUUGGGGCCAGAUCUUUAUGGUAUUUAAAAACAAGCUAACAUAGCCAAGUUAUUAAUACUUGAAAAUCAACUACUGUAACUUUUUUCAUAAAUUUUUUAAUACCCUGAGGCAUAUUUAAUAUCUAUAUAGCAGUGUAUUAUAGAAUGACAUAGCAGAAAAGUUUCAGAUCUAUUUAUUAACAUUUCUAUUCUUUGAGUUAAUGAGAGAUACCUCAGAACUGCUCCAAAGUAGCUGGGACUGGACUUCCAUAGCAUAAUUUUAAAGGUGUAUUAAGCAAAACAGCUUCUCUGUCCAAAAAGCCCAAGAGACAGACUGCCCCUCUGGCCCUGGCAAGGCACAGUGCCCAGGCUGGGAGGCACCAGGGCUGCUUGGCUUCCAUUUGGCAGCCUUUGGAGCAGCCAUCCAUAUCGUCUCUUUUAGGCUGAUUUGAAAAGCACACGCAAAAGUCUCUGUAAACCUUCCCAGGGAGUCAGCCAUCCUUAUUUUUUUCUUAAAAGCCCCUUUGGAAAAUGAGAAUUUUUGCAUAUGUAGGGCUUAUUGAAAUAGUUUCUAUUUUUUUCUGAACCAAUGCAAACAGGAAAAGCAGGGCUCAGUGCUAACUCUCCCUCCUUGCUGUCCCAUUUAAGGUCAGGUGUCACAGCCCUUUCCUCAUGGUAUCUCUGGCAAAGUGUCUUGCAUGUUAAGGCACCUGGAGUAUUGGCAUGGGAUAGGGAUGGAGGAUUGCAGGGGAGCAGCACAGGCUGGCUGGUGGGAAAGGUUCUGCUGUUGCUGGAAGGGUCGCCUGAUCUCAGUCACAUCAGCACUUUUUCUUGUUUCUGUGCCAAAACCAGGCCGUGUGUUUGCUGCACAGUGCACCAGGGGAACCAGAUGGAAACAAAUGCAGGAAAUCUUACUUUGCAUCUGCCCUGUUGUUGUCGUCACAGUUUUCUCAUGGAGAUGCCCCGGUCAUGUUACAGUUUCACAGUCCUCUGCUCACAGUCUGCUUCCCUGGUGUCCUCAAGCCACCGAGGUGCAGGGCAUCCAGCACAUUUAUUUUCCUCUUGGAGAGGAGUUUGGGAUGUUGUAGAGCAGGCAGGAUGAAGGACUAAGUGACUCCUGAGCGUGCAAAGGGAAACAAGUCUUUCAUGCCUGUGCCCUGCUCCACUCUGGCAGUGUCGGGGGGUGGCUCUGGGGCAGUGGCAGAGCCUUGUGAUCCACCUGUGCCUUCCCAGAAUUCCCACAAGUCCUUGGCUCAGGGCAGGCUCUGCUGUGCUGAGCAGAGUACAAACACUGAAAAACAAUGCAGUGGUUGUACAGAUGGCUCCCUGUUGCUCACACAGAGCUGCCGUGGCCAGGGCCUGGAUAACCUCCCUUUUUCCCUGGCAAAAACCCUCCAAGCUGCUGACACACGCUGUGGCAGGCUCCAGAAGACACGGUGUGGAGGGCUGCCUCUCCCCUUCGCUCCAUCCCUUCCUCCCUGGCACAGUCGCUCUGCAUUAUCCCGGCAUGUCAUUCCACAAGCAGAGAAGCAGCGGGUUGGUCUGUCGCGGGAAGCCCGAAGGAGCUCAGCUCGCUGGUUGCCUGGCUCUGCAGAGGGGGCUAUUUUUAGCUUUCCAUCUCCUCCCUGCCUGCACCAGCAUCCCAAAUCCACUGCAGCCAUUGGCCCAGCACCUCGUGGUGCUGCCCAGCAUGUCCUAGUUACAGGCUGAACUUCAUGUCAGCGUCAGAGGGGGAAAUCAGAAGCUUGUAAAUAUCUGUAAUAUAUUUGUUAAUAUUUAGGAAGUCUCCAUCAAUCAUGCAAUGGGAAUUGAUUUUCCCAUGAUGUUUUAAAAAGGAAAUGAGUCUUAUUUAUAUGUGUGUUGGCUGUUAUCUUUUAUUAGAGUUAACGCUUUCAGCCCCCUAAUACACUUUACACAUCUUAGAGUGAAUUACUGCUGAAAAGAAUGCAGCACUAGCACAGUGAACUCCGUUCCACGAAUUUUAAAAUUAUUUUCUUCUGGUUUUUUUAGCUUUAUUAGUAUGCCCAAGGUCUGUUAAAAUAUAUCAUCGGAGACCCAAGGAGCUAAAAAUGCCUCUGGCCCAUCAGUCUUGUUUUGUAUGUGAACCUGGUUGUGGGGAAUGCAAAACCAGCUCUGCCUCAUGGCAGUGAUGGAAGAUGUGAGCAGGCUUUUGCUGCAGCUCUCAGACCUGACCUUUCAAGUGUUCAUGGUGACAGUAGUGUUUUGAGGGGUUGUUGGGUUUUUUUUUUCUCUUUCUCCAUUACUUCCUUUAUACAGGGAGGGGUGUUACCUGGUAAAAAUAAAAUUCCUUUCCAUUAUAACCCUUGUCUGUGUUAAUUAUUCAUGGAGAAGCUGAUUUAAAGGUUCUGUCUCUCUCUUUUUCGUGCUUUUAUAGUUUUCUAAAAUCAGUCUGAUGUUUAUUUUGGCAAAGAAUUGUUAACAAAAAUGAUUGUAUAACAGCUGAACACUGGCUGGGCUGCAUGAAGGGAUGAAAAACUGUUGAAGUACCUUUAGAACAGCAAUAAAAACUGCUUGUGUAACCCCAGUGAUGUGAUUAGCUCCUUGUCAUCAUCUGCAGACAGCUCCCUCUGUUACCAGUGUGCUGCUUCUUCCAACAUUGGCAGGCUGUACUGGAGGCAGCACAUUUGUCCUGCAUGUAAUACAGGCUUUGGGAAAUCUCCAUCCCUCCCUCAUCAUUGGGAGAGAAAUUCUGACAUUCUUUUGGAGACGUUUUUGAUGGAUUUGGUUUAGUUUUUAAACCAGAAGUGGAGAGAACAUUAUUAUCACAACUCUUACAUUGUUCUCUCUUCUCUCCUGAGCAUCCCUUUUCCCCCAGUCUAGUUCAGCAUCAGCUUCCCUGGUUCGUUACUGGCUGCAUGCUCUAUAGGUUAAAACUUAUUUAGAACCUCCAGCUUUAAACUCCUGAUUGCUGCCUUCCUGCUUUACUUCAUCCAGCAUCUCUGCACAACUCUUAGGAAUGUCUGUCUUACAGCUCAGUCUCAUCUGUGAAACAGUGACAGCACACAGGCAUGAGAGAAAGGUGCUGCAACUCUAGACUCUGGUGCUACAGCACAUGGAUUAUGUUCAUGUUACUAGAAAAUUUUAUGCUGUUGCCAUGUUGAUAACUUGGAGCUGCUCUGGUUCAUUUCCUCUUUUGUAUAUGUGUAUCUUAAGGCGAGUCUGAGAAUGUUUAUGAAUACUGAUUCCAGCUAUAGAAACCUCUUUUGCUCUUUCUGUCUGAUUUUUACUACUGUGUUUCAUAUUUUUUGGGUACCUGAAAUUACUAUUCCCCAGAACUUCCCUGUAGGAGAACCAUGACAGAGGGGCACUAGCACAGCCUGAUGUGAUACACAGAGCACAGAACCCCUGGGCUGAGUGGCACCUGUGAGCUCCAGCAGCCCAGAGCAGAGGCAUCCUGGGGCCUUCCCUGUUCCCUCACCUUGACAUUGAAAAAUCCCAGAGCUGCCCAUGCUGCUCAGCUGCCCUGGCAUAAGCUGUGAGCUGCUCUGUGUCCCAGAGUCCCCAGCUGCAAAAAGACACUUCAAAGUGGUUACAAACUGUUUAAAGAAUUUUGAGAGCUGCUGCUGAAGAGCUGAGUGCUCAAUGUCAGAGCUGAAAGGAUCCUGCAGUGCAAGCUUCCAUCUGUGUUUCAGUACUUGAAAACAAUUAGCCCUACUUCCAGGUGAAACAAAUUCCAGAGAGGUGAAACUUGACAAUAUUCUGACAAGCAAAGACUUCUGAAUUAAUUUUUCUGUGGUAGGUCUGCACUCAACAAAUGUCAUGGGGCAUAAUCAGGAGAUGGAGCUAAACAGGUAUCAAAUUUUAUGCAGUAGUAUCUUUGUUUAUUUGCAAUAAAUCAAUUCAGUAAUGUUCCAGUUUGUUCCUUGGUCAGGCUAUUUUGCAGUGGCAGUGCCUGGCUGAACUGAGUGUCAGAUGAGAGGUAGCCCAGGCGCUGUGUCCUGAGGUAACAGGAGCUGCUGUCUGCAGAGGGCAGCGAGAUGGGUUCUGUAGAACAUUUCUAGAUCUUUGGAACAACCCUUUGGAGCAGACCCUUCAGAACAGGCCUUACUAUAGCUAAUUAAAAUACACUUGUAAGCAGAUCAUCUUUCAGACUGCUACUAUAAACUCACAGCUGAAAAGGACCUGUUAGAUUCUUGAUAUAUUUGAUUAAAAAAAAAAAAAACAACCCAUAAGAGCAUUCAGUAUGAAAAAAAAUAUUCUUGGUCCCUCCGAUGCAGCUGAAGGUGCUUCCACUAAGCUUCAGGUCCUCUCUGCAUUUCUCUAACCAGUGACACCAGUGCUUAGAAAUUGGAGGCAGCAAUGCUUUGGGUUUUGCAAGAUGGGCCCUGGGCCAGACAGUGCAGUGUGGGAUUUUUUAAACUGGAUUUCAAAAAUCUGAGUUCAGAAAUCUGCUAAAUUUAGAAUUAAAGGACAUGGGCAUGAGUUGAUGUAAGUUCUGCAGGAGGGGGGCUUCCAAAGUUUGGUUGAAAUAAGCACCAGUUCAGCUGGCAGAGCUCUCUAGAGAGGCAGCACUCUCAGGGCCCAGCUUUCAGGAGAGACAGCCCAAGACCCAGCUUCAGCUGAGACAUUUAAGGAGGGCAUGUUCCUGUUGAAGAGCUGGUGUUUUCACUACCUGUGAAUCAAAAGCAAAACGAAGAUAAUGAGAAGGGCUUUUGAGCUGUAUUUCUGUAAAAGUUGGUUCCAUCUCCCUCACACCUUUCUUUAAUAAAGGAAAAAAAAAUUCCCAAAGAGGAGGCGCACUUUUUGGACAUGGACAGGCCUAAAGCACAAACCCUUCCCCUUCGAGCUUCCCGUGCUUCUGUGCUGUCACUGUGCAUGUACCAUCUGCGCAUCUUCAGGGACACCAGGGGCAUCAGCUCUAACAGCAAAAGGCCACAGAAUUGUCUUCUUCUUGUUUCCAUGUUAUGUGGUACUGAAAUGCAAUUUCUUGUUCAUGUGUUAUUAAUUAAAAGCUCUUUAAAAUUA